GUAUAAAAGAUUACAGUUUUCUUACAACCCAUGAAAAAACUCAUGAGUUCUUCCAUCACAUUUGCACUUGUCUUCUUUCUCGUUUCUCUCAACCCAACUUCAUCAUUACCGUCUAAACGCGAAAGCUACGUUCAAAACGCGUGUAGUGUUACACGCUACCAAGAUCUCUGCGCUAAAACGCUAUCGCCUUUUGCAUCAGUCGCCAAGAACAGUCCCAGCAAAUGGGCACGUGCCGGCGUUUCCGUUGCCAUAACCGACAACAAAGACGUCCUUAGACACCUUCUCAAAACGCGGCUUUCAACGAUUGGGAAACGAGAUCGAGUCGCUUUGUCAGAUUGUCGCGAACUGCUACAAGACUCUCUUGAUAGUCUCCACAAGUCCUUGGCCGUCCUUCGGACACUCAGAGCCAGCGAGUUUCAGCAGCAGAUGAGUGAUCUUGCCACGUGGCUUAGCACUUCCCUCACGGACAAGGACACGUGUCUUGAUGGGUUUGAAAAGACGUCCACGAGGUCAUCAUCAACGGUCAGGAUGAUUCGGAAGAGAGUCACGACGUCUUUGUAUUUGUCCAGCAAUUCUCUCGCUCUCCUCAACAAGCUAGCGGCUAAUGGUUUGUAAUCUCUUAAAUCAUGAAAUUUUAUAAAGCUUUAAUUUCCAU